ACGCACAACUACUAGUCUACAAAUGGCUUAAGAGUCUGCGUUUUCCGGAUGGACAUGCAUCGAACAUAUCAAGGCUGGUUAAUAUAGAGGACUGCAGAUUGUAUGGAAUGAAGAGUCAUGACUGCCACGUGUUUAUGCAAACACUCAUCCCAUUAGCUUUUCGUGAUUUGUUGCCAAAGGGAAUAUGGGAUGCACUCACGGAGAUCAGUCAUUUCUUUAGAGAUAUAUGCUCCAGCAAGUUGAAUGUUGAUCACAUUGAGAGGCUUCAAACGAAUAUCGUCGAGACACUAUGCAAACUUGAGAUGAUAUUCCCUCCAUCAUUUUUUGACUCAAUGGAGCAUCUCCCUAUACAUCUACCGUUCGAGGCAAAAGCUGGAGGACCGGUCCAAUAUAGAUGGAUGUACCCAUUCGAACGGUACUUGUUUAAUCUCAAGAAAAAGGUUAAGAACAAGGCGCAUGUUGAGGCUUCGAUAUGUGAGGCCUAUAUUGUUGAGGAGAUCUCAACAUUUAUCUCAUACUAUUUCGAACCUCAUAUGAGAACGAGAAUCAAUCGCGUUCCACGGCAUGAUGAUGGCGGUGAAGUGCCUUCCAGUGGGAACUUGUCAAUAUUCUCCAAUACUGGACGACCCACACCUAAAAAUGCCGUAAGAGGAAGAUAUUUGUCGGAAAUAGAGUUCAAACAAGCACACAACUAUGUUCUAUUUAACUGUGAUGAAUAA